AUGAUGAUCAUCUUUCAUCAUAAUGAUUCUCAAAGACAUCAUCGGGCGAAAAAAACACCAUAUUUCGCCUGCGAAUCUAACACUACGUCAUCAUCACGCGUUAACCGCAAGUUCGCUGUGCUCUCCGCACGAAUCAUUCCAACGAAUCUUCAAGCCUAUAUGCUAGCCGCACUACAACAAUAUUCCUCUGGAAUCAUGGGUUCACACACCGGUUCCGGAUCUGGAUUGAAUGGAAUCGUGCCGACAUUCAAGGAAAGACGCCCAUUCCAUGAGCGCCAAAAGGAUGCCGAGGAGAUCAGAAGACAACAGCCGAAUAAGGUUCCUGUCAUCAUUGAGCGUUUCGACGGCGAGAGAAGCCUUCCGCUGAUGGAUCGCUGCAAAUUCCUCGUGCCGGAUCAUAUCACCGUCGCCGAUUUGAUGUCGAUCGUUCGCCGAAGACUCCAACUUCAUCCGCAUCAGGCGUUCUUCCUGCUCGUCAAUGAGCGUUCGAUGGUGUCGAACUCGAUGACAAUGUCGCAGUUGUACCAGCAGGAGCGCGACACCGACGGCUUCGUCUACAUCGUCUACACGUCGCAACCGGCGUUCGGCUAA